AUGCCAUUAUUCAAGUGCACUUUUUUAGGAUGCUUGUGUCCUGGCGUUCGAAGACAUGGCUCUUGCAGCCUUUGCAACAGUCAUCUAUGCGCUAAACAUCUUGGUCAGGAUUUUCACCGUUGCCCAGACUGGCGGGUGAACGAACGAGAAUACUGGCUCAAAUCCAAAGAAGCUGAAAUCGCCGAAAUAACUGCAUUAUUAUCAAAAGUCAAUCUCCGCGCCUUGCGUGAUCGAGCAGCGGCUUUACGCAAAGUUGACUGCACAGUUACACCCUCAUACGAUCACCAAAGUCGUCCCUCUGUAAUGGGUGGAAUGAAUUAUCACAUUCCCAUCUACUUUGUGGACGGUGUCACUUGGAUUUACCGUAUCCGCCGUCGCAAUAUGACGACUACACCUCUUGCGCACCAAAAUCGUUUGAUCCUUAGUGAAGCUGCGACGUACAAAUUCCUAUCUUCUCGAACCCAAAUCCCUGUACCCAAGGUUCACGACUACUCCAUUGAUUCUCCCUCUAAUCCCGUAGGAGUCGGUUAUAUUUUAAUGGACAAACUCGAGGGCAAGCCACUUUCCAACUGUGAUUUUAAAAAAGCCGGCAAGGAACGCAUUCUAAGCCAACUAGCAGACGUCUUUGCUGAUCUGAAGCAGCACCCAUUCAACGAGAUAUGCUGUUUGUUAGAUCCUGAUGACCUAUCAGUCGGUCCAGUACUCGAUGAAAGCACAAUAGACGCAGACGAAAAUGGAAAUCUGCUAUUGCUGGGGCCAUUCAAGUCCGCUCUCGAGUAUCGAACAUCGUCCAUCAAACAUCAAAUCGAUCUCAUCCUUCGAGGAGAGAGCUACACCAACAAUGCUAUCGACGCUUAUCUAGUGCAUCGAUUCAUUCUCGACUCCGUCAUAGAGUCCAUCACCCAAAAUGAACAGGGGCCAUUCUUCCUCAAACACAUGGACGACAAAGGAGACCACAUCCUCGUCGACGACGAAUUCCGUAUCGUCGGGAUCAUCGAUUGGGAAUGGGCUCAGACUACCACCCAAUCAGAGGCCUUCGCCGCUCCCCUCUACCUCCUGGACGUAGGCCUAUACUACAGUGGAUCGAAUAAGCUCAACCCCAAAGAGGUGGAAUUUGCUUCAAUUCUUAAGAAGCGAGGCGAAGUGGGCUUGGCUGAGCAUGUCUAUGGAGGUCGUGUUGCGCAUCGCCUCGCGCACUGUGUCGGAGCUGACUCCGGGGAUAUUGAAGAUCUGCCAAAUCACUUUAUGGGUCUCCUGCGUGCUGUUUUUCCAGGGAGAAACGAAGGAGAAACAUGGGAACAGUGGCGGGAGGGUGCCAUGAUGAUGUACGAGAAGGACGAGGACUUGCAAAAUCUCAUCCAGAGAUGCUCAAAGUAA